AUGUUGUCAAACCCAAGCCCGUCGCCAUCUGGGCACUCAGUUGACAGUACCCUAACCAAAUUGUCCGAAGAGCUGGUGCUACCCCCCAUUGCCAAGCUUCGCCCGUUGUCAUACCUUCAAGCUAACAUGGGCGCAAUCUUGGAUCUGGGUCCCUCAGGAUUGGACGAUGCCCUGGGGUUUGUACCGUUAUUCAACUCCGCGCUGCUUACACCGACAUCAUUGGUCAGCAACGAAGAAAGGCGCGGCACCGCCGACUCGCCAUACUAUGUUAACACUUCGCCGCCGGGGCCUGGAGCCGAAUUGACUGCCGCUGACCGUGGACCCUUCUACGCCGAGGUGGUACAAGAAAGAACCGUGCGCACCGCGCGCCGCCGCAUCAAGGAGAGAUUUCAUGAUUACUUCCAUAUACUCGACUCUUUUCCCUACUGUACUGCUGCGCGCACCAGGGAAGGUUGCCGCUCCGCGCGUCAAUGGUUGUACCGUGAGGUGAUGGAUGAGAUGGAUUUGGUCUUGGCUGACGUGGAUGAAGUGACCAUGCAGCUUGUCAAUUAG